UCUCCAGAGCAUAUUAGUUUCCAGAGCAGAGAUGAAACGGACAGAGAAGGACAAAGCCUCUCCGAGUCCUUAUCUCUCCAUUGAAAGCGGUGGUUUGGUUGAAUACAGAAAUGACCAGGUGAUCGUAAGCACCUGCAAGCUGCACGUGUACAAAUUCCCUUUUGAUGUUCAGAGGUGCAACCUCUCCUUCAAGUCUAUCAUGCACUCUGAUGAAGAAAUAAAGUUACAAUUCAACGAGACCAAUAAUACAGUCACAGAAUGGUCUCGAAAUGUGAUGCAGACACAAUACGAGUGGCUGUUUAUCAACAUGUCAGUUACCACCAAAACUGUCAAUGAAUUUGACUUCAACCAGCUUAUGAUUGUUUACACUAUUACCAUGAAGAGGAGGUCUGUCCUCUACAUCGCCAAUUUCUUGCUGCCAGUCUUCUUCUUCUUGGUUCUGGACUUAGCCUCUUUCCUGAUAUUAGACAGUGGAGGUGAGAAGCUCGGCUUCAAGAUCACUGUCCUGCUUGCUGUCACAGUGAUGCAGCUUCUUCUCAACGAGAUUCUGCCCAGCUCUUCAGACAGUAUUCCACUUAUAGCUGUCUAUUGCAUUGGGGUUUUUGCUCUGAUGCUGCUCAGCCUCCUGGAGACAAUUUUGGUGAUGCAUCUGAUUGAGAAAGACUCUCCAGCCCAGGAUAAUGAGACAGAUGGAAACCAAAGCCUGGUGGAGUACUGUGAGGAGAAACAGGACAUAUCCAACUUUCACAGCUGUUUUAGAGACAUGAAGAGAUGUAGUCAUUGUGCAUCUGUUUAUGAUGUAUCUGUGGAUGAAAGACCAACUGUGUCUACAUCAAUCAACAGUCGGCCACCACUGACUAUAAAGGGUUGUAGCUGCAACCUGAUGAAGAUGUUCUUUCCACUGGAAAAAGUCUCAGAUGAGCUGUGGGAGACUAGGAAAACCGUGACUCUGCACAGUGCCAACAAGAAGUCCGGCUACUGGACCAAUAUAGUAAAACAUAUCAACAGGGUUUUUGUCAUUUUUUAUUUGACAGCAGUGACUGUGUUUUUGGCAAUUAUGAUUUUAUUGUGGAGUAGUGCUGAAGAUGAGUAG